AUGACCGGUGGUACAGAAGCCAGCCAAUCAGGGCAUCAGGAUGACAGGCUGUACAGAAGCCAGCCAAUCAGGGCAUCAGGAUGCCAGGCUGUACAGAAGCCAGCCAAUCAGGGCAUCAGGAUGACAGGUGGUACAGAAGCCAGCCAAUCAGGGUAUCAGGAUGACAGGUGGUACAGAAGCCAGCCAAUCAGGGCAUUAGGAUGACAGACUGUACGGAAGCCAGCCAAUCAGGGCAUCAGGAUGACCGGCUGUACAGAAGCCAGCUAAUCAGGUCUGUGUAGGGCACUGUUGUAGGACUUGUGUACGGACUGUGAUGCCCUGUAUUGCAUUGCUAGUGCAGUGCGAUCACCUAUAAUGCACUGGUGCUGCACGUUUCCUCAGUCUUACCGACUUGGCUGACAGAGACAGUCUGUUAAAAAACUUUAAUAAAAAUUAUUUGAAAAGAGACAGUCUGUUGGUUGAUCGCGAGGACUGAGAGAAAACGAUUCACCACACAGAGCAAACAUGCAACUUAACAGCUACGUCAUAUGCAACAUUAAUGCUUGGAUCAAAAUUGGAAACAGUCAUGUCCAGCACAGAACUAACCUGUGUGAUGGGUUGCUGCCUCCAAACAGAUCAUUAUAUUGAUGUCACCGCUGAUCUGGUGAGAUCUAACACCUGGGGUCCACGGACAUAACACGCACCAUAAAGUCGGCUCUUUAAUGCUUGUUAAAAACAAUAACAACAUUUAGAACAUAAAUAAUGAUGUUGCUGCUUCUGUGAUUUUAUAUUGAGCAAUUUCCCUGUGGCAAGGCUUUUUGGGGGAGCAUCAUGGUGUGACAGCAGUGAAAACCCCCAAACCCGCAGGUUCAGGUAAAUGAAUGUACACACAGCGUACAAUUGUACAUUCCAAGUUUCAAAUAAAUGUUAUAUUAUUAGUUUUAUUUCAAUGAAAAGGAUAUUGAAGGUGUUAACUCUAACAUUUGGAUUAUAAAGAGAGCCUAGCAGUUAAUAGUUUGUUUUAUAUCUAUGUGGGAUAAUUUUAAAAAAUUCUGUGAAUAUUUGAGCCCAAAUUAGAAUAAUGAUAUGGAGAGAAUUUCUAUAACAAGUCUCUUAAUAUAAACAGAGAAGUAAAAACCUAAAUAAAGAUAAAAGGAUGGCUUAUAUAUACUAAUGGUCAAAUUAACCUCACAGGUCCAAAACUGGAGCAGCUCAGCUGAGAUUUGAAGAAAAUGUCUUUCUCUCGCCAUCCCACCAAAUCUCCAGGAUACUCUACCCACCACCCCCUCAAACAUCCAAACUCUUCUGUCCAGCAUCCCACCAGACAUCCAAUCUCUUUUAUACAGCAUCCCACCCAACAUCCAGAAUCCUCUACCCAGUGUCCCACCCAACCUUCAGAAUACUCUAACCAGCAUCCCACCCAGCAUCCAAACCCUUCUACCCAACAUCCCACCCAUCUUCCAAAUACUUCUACUCAGCGCUCAAUCAAACAUCCAAGCACUUCUACCCAACAUCCCACUCAACCUCCAAAGACUUCUACCCAACACCCUACCAAACAUCCAAACCAUUUUACCCAGCACCCCACCCAACCUCCAAUCUCUUUUGUCCAGCAUCCCACUCUACCGCCAGAAUCUUCUACCCAGUGUCCCAGCCAACCCACAGAGUCUUCUACCUGGCGUUCCACACAACACACAGAAUCUUCUACCCAGCGUCCCACCAAACAUCCAAAACCUUUUAUCCAGCUUUCCACCCAACCCACAGAAUCUUCUACCCGGCGCUCCACCCAACCCACAAAAUGUUCUACCCAGCGUCCCAUCAAACAUCCAAAACCUUCUAUGCAGCAUUCCACCCAAGCUUCAGAAUCUUGUAUCCUGUGUCCCACCAAACCCACAGAAUAUACUACCCAGCGUCCCACCCAACCCACAGAAUCUUCUACUUAGCGUCCCACCAAACCUCCGAAGCCUUCUACACAAUGGACCAACAACAGGAACUCAGAACAACAAUUAAUUAUUUCACGGGUAAGUCUGCAGUGAUAACAAAUUGUCUUUUAUAGAGUACACUGAAAUUAGAGAAGAUUUACUUUAUUCCAAGAUUCAACUGUAUUCGAAUAUUCAUCCUCAUUAGUUUUUAUAUUAUUUUACUCCUAAAGUAACAUUUUCUACUCAUUAUGCAUUAAUAGACCAGUGUAGCUGAUGUUAAAUUAAGUCAUCUUUCUAUGUUGCAAACAGUAUUUUCAAGUUCCAGAUACAUCCUUAAUAUGUUUAAUACACGUCCAUGACUUUGGAUAUCCUUCUCAUUUAGCAUUAGCAGUAAAAGAUCUGUACAGACCAGCUUGUUACGGUGUUGGUGAGCGAAUGCAGAUUGGUGGCUUGGUACGUGACUGAAAGAGUGACUGUAUGUGGCUUGGUGGGUGUCUAGGUGGUGGGUUAGGUAUAUGUGAUUGAACGAGUGACUGUAUAUGGCUUGGAGGUGUCUAGGUUGUGGGUUAUUUAUAUGUGACUAAAAGAGUGACUGUAUGUGGCUUAGAGGGUGUCUAGGUGGUGGGUUAUGUAUAUGUGACUGAAAGAGUGACUGUAUGUGACCUGGUGGGUGUUUAUGUGGUGGACUGUGUUUUGGAUACGUGACUAAGCCUGUUACAAGGUGUGUAUUUAAGUGGAUGAUUCAUGGGUGGCUUUAUGUUACUAGAUGAGUGUAUAUAACUAUGAGGGUGACUAGGUGGUGGGUUAGGUAUAUGUGACUGAAUGGGUGACUGAAUGUGCCAUUUAGUGUGUAAAUGGAUCUAAGAAGUAAAAGAUAAAGUAUGUGAGUAGUGAAUCUGCCCUCACAGCCUUCAUCUUCAAAAACUAAUUGACCCUCCUACUCUUUGACAUCUACUCUUAAACAUCAACUUUACCCCCCACACACUCUGACACCUACACCCCAACACAUCCUGACACAUAUACCCCCACACACUCUGACACCUUUAUCCCCACACACUCUGACACCUACACCCCCAUUCACUCUGACACCUACACCCCAACACACUCUGACACCUAUACCCCUACACACUCGGAUGCCUAAGCCCACACACUGAGACACCUACAUUCAAACACUCUGACACCUAUACCUCCACACACUCUGACACCUAUACCCCCACCCCUCCCAAACACAUCCUGACACCUAUACCCCCACACACUCUGACACCUAUACCUCCACACACUCUGACACCUACACCCCCCCACACACACUCUGACACCUAUACCCCCACACAUUCUGACACCUUCACACCCACACACCCAAACCCGUAAACAUUCUGGUACUUACACCCACACACCUUGAAAUCUACACCACCACAAUUCUAACACCUAUACCCCCACACAUUCUGACAACUACACACCCACACACCUACACCCGUACACAUUCUGGUACUUACACCCACACACAUCCUGGCACCUACACCCCCACACUCUGACAUCUAAACCCACACACUCUGACCAAUAUACACACACACGGACACCUGCACACACUGACACCAACACCCCCACACUCUAACACUCGGAUUCCUACACCCACACACUGAGACAACUACAUUCAAACACUCUGACACUUACACCCCACACACUCUGACACCUAUACCCUCACACACUCUGACACAUAUACCCACACACACAUUCUGACACCUACACCCACACACAUUCUGACACCUUCUCGCACGGAAAAAUAAACUCAAACAGCAUGCUCACCCUUAUAGUGCAGUGCAAAAACGCAAUGGGUAUUUACCCUUUUAUUUAAAUUAUUAUAGAUAGCAUAAGGAUUCCUCGAAAUAAAACAACACAAAUAUGUAUCUACAAAAAUAAAACAACAAGGACCAAAAAUAGAGUAUAAAAAUUCACUUGGUGAUAGAAAAUUCAAUUCAAUUCAAUUCACAAGUGUGAAAUAAAAUGCCGGCUCAUCUGAUAUGACUGUAAUAUCUCUGAUAGACAAGGUCUUCUGUGUUCUCAGGAACGCAUGUAAAAGAAAUAACCAUAGUGCAACACUCUAUAAAGGUAAAUAAACUGCUUUAUUGUGUCACACUUACAAGUUAAAACGUAGUUAAAAGUCCAUCAUCGAAUCUCUUGAAAAGCUGGGUCAAUGGGUAAAAUGCAGGUGCAAAAUAAGCUUGAUCUAUCUUCACUCUGGAUGAAAUUUGUGAUGAUGGCAUAAAAAAUAAUAAACAUUUAAAAUAAAUCAGUUUCUUUGCCUUUAUACAAUUUUCCACUAUUUCUUUUACUUGCAUUCCUGGGAACACAGAAGACAUUGUCUGCUGUCACUAGUCUAAUACUAUCCUUACCUUUUUGUGUCAUUUUACCCCACUCCCUCUAGCAUGUAAGCUCAUUGAGCAGGGCCCUCAACCCCUCUGUUCCUGUGUAUACAACUUGUCUGGUUACAACUACGUCUGUUCGUCCACCCAUUGUAAAGUGCUGUGGAAUUUGAUGGCGCUAUAUAAAUAUCAUAAUAAUAAUAAUAAUAAUCAGAGAUUUUACCACCAUAUACGAUGAGCCUGCAUCUUAUUUCACGUUUAUUAACAUUAAAUUAUCUACACCCCCACACUCUGACAUCUACACCUCCACACUCUGACACAUAUACCGGCACACAUCAUGAUAGCUAUACCCACACACCCUGACACCUACACCCACACACUCUAACAUCUACACCCCCACACUCUGACUCAUAUACCGACACACAUCUUGAAAGCUAUACCCCCACACCCUGACACCUACACCCACACACACACUGACACCUACAACCAUGCACUCUGACACCUAAACCCACACACUAACACCUACACCCAAACAUCCUGGUAACGACACAUCUAUAUUCUGACACCUACACCCUGACACCAUGAAAUCUGCACCCACACACAUUCUGACACCUACACCUAUACACCCUUACACCUAAACCCACACACUAACACCUACACCCAAACAUCCUGGUAACGACACAUCUAUAUUCUGACACCUACACCAACACACCUUGAAAUCUACACCACCACAACUCUAACACCUACACCCCACACUCUAAUGCCUACACCCACAUUCUGACACCUACACUCACACACUCUGACACCUACACCCUGACACCAUGAAAUCUGUACCUACACACAUUCUGAUACCUACACCCAUACACCCUGGCAACUACACCUCCACACUCUGACUCCUAUACCAACACACCUUGAAAUCUACACCACCACAACUCUAACACCUAUACCCUCACACAUUCUGACGACUACACCUCCACACACCCACACACCUACACCUGUACACAUUCUGGUACUUACACCCACACACAUCCUGACACCUACACCCCCACACUCUGACAUCUACACCCACACACUCUGACCAAUAUACACACAUGGACACCUGCACACACUGACACCAACACCCCCACACUCUAACAACUACACCCACACACACUCUGACAAAUACACCCAUACACAUUCUGACACCUUCACCCCCACAUACCCAGACACCUACACCCAUACACAUUCUGGCACUUAUGCCCACGCACAUUCUGACACCUACACCCCCACACUCUGACACCAACACCCCACAGAUUCUGAAACCUAUACCAACACACAUUCUGACUCCUGCACCAACACACUCUGACAUCUACACCUACACACAGCCUGGAAUCUACAGCCACACACUGACUAGAAUCUACACCCACACACUCUGACACAAUGGUAUUCGUGAAUGAAACAAUCACAAGCAAGACAGAUAUUCCACUUCACAGUAAAACAAACCUGCUAAACUUAAAUACCAUUUUAAUUGCAAGAAAGAAAAUAAAAACAUGCAAUAAACCUGUACUUAUUCUGUGUUUUUUAUAAUGAGGUCUUAAUUCGCUAUUAGUUUGUUCUUAAGCAUUGAGUUCAUAUUCUUUUGUUUCAUCAGGGAAGGUGUGCCCUCUCGGGGACAGUAGGUCCUUUGAACAGCAGCCUGAUUUUGAAUAGAAAUUUAUCUUUGGCUUUGAGAUCUUUAGGUGCAAGGAAUUGCAUGAAAAGCCUGGGAUCUGUAGAGAGGGUUUUUUUGAAACUUAGCUGAAAGAAGAGAUUACAUCUUGGACCAUAAAAGGACCACCUGUGAAGAUGGGAAUUUUGCUACGUCAAAUGAAAACUUGACAUAUCUCUUCCACGGCAUCGGCAGGGUACCAAGAUCAGAUCAGUACUGUAAAUUAGAAUAAACGCACCAGGUUCAGAUUAUUUGGAGACAGGAUUAUGAACAGGAUAGAAUAAAACAGGACAAUCCCGUCAACCUCAAAAUAUAUAAAUUCGGCUAUACAACUUCAUUACGUUGGAGAUUAAAAAAAAAAUAAAACACCAAGAAGGCUCUUUUAUUCAUGUGUGGUGGUCCUGUAACAGGAUCAGCAUGAAAUGGCUGAAGACAUUUAAACUUGUUAGAAAAUGAUCAAAUUGCAACUGUGAACCAAGGCCAGAGAGGGCACUUCGAUCUGGAUAUGUUUUCAACUAAUCUAAAAGUUCUAUUUCUUCAAUUUUACUUGCGGUAAAAAUAGUUAUUGCUAGAAACAGGCAGAAUAGUGAUCUAAUUUCAUGGAAAGAGGAAAAAUUAUAAUUUUUAUUGCUAACCAUAAAUUAAAUAUGUCCUUUGCUAUUUAGUAGCCGUGGAUGGCAGGGACCUCUGUAAUUAAUUAAUCAUAAUAAAAUCUAAAGUGUCAGAGAGCUUAGUCGGUGGAGGACUGGGUGGGACACCAGGACAAAUAAGUGGACUGGAACAUUAAUGGAUGUAUUGUAAAUGCAUAGAAUUUUAAAAUGUAAAGAUAUUAUUUUAGUUGUGUAUAUCAUGUAUGUGAAUUAAUAUAAAUACACAGUUUGAAAAAAUACUUUAAAAAAAGGACAAUCCAAUUUAGAUAAAGCUUUAGGUCCAUGGCACUGGCCUCCAAAGUCAUUGGAUUUGCUAUUAUAUAUAAAACUAAAGGAUAUAUCUUUUUAGUGGCUGUAAUUGCAUUUUGUGUUCAUCCUUUACAUCUGCAGUCACCUUCGUAUACGUCUAAUAACAGAAAUGAAGACAUGGAAUAUUUGCAGACACGCAGAGACAUCCUAAACAGACAACGUAGGAGUGUUAUAAGGAAGGCUAAUUGUGAACCGGAGAAACAUGAAGGUUAGUAACAUUAUAACAAACUAUCGUUCUAACAUUGACAAAGUACUACUUAGAUUGGAAUUUAUUACAACAAUUAUUAACUGUCACACCGUGGACACAUUGGGGAUAACAAGUUUAUUAGUGUUCAGUGUUAUAUGCAGCAGUAAUGACACUAAUAGAUAAAUAAAUAUGGUCAAAUAUUCUGCUUGUGUGUAUUUCCAAAGACCCUGAUGACAAUUAGCGCACACAGAUCCCAUAAAUCCCACCAGAUUAUUAAAGUAAUGUCAGUAUAUGGGGAUAAUGUCUACAUACAGUAAGUACAGUAACAUUGAGACAGCAGGAUUAAAAAGGGGAAAUUGAGAUGGCUAAGACACAGGAAGAGACAAGUAAAGACAUUUUCAGAAAUGAGGAGUAAAAUCAAUGAGCACAGGAGUUUGUGAGCUAUCAAUGUCUAAUGAAUUUUGGAUUCAGGAUGAGUCCUCCAGCAGUCUAACGUCGAAGCCUCAUAGUCUGCUGAAUCCAUGUGAAAAGGAAGGCACAUCCAGUUUAGUAAAAAUCUUGUAAUUAAGCUAGUGUUUAUUAAUUUGGCUAAUGUAAAUCCCGGUUACAUCAUUGUAGAGGCUUUCUCUGAAAACAUUUAAUACAUUUUAGUGAAUGUCUAUUUAAAUUAUGUUCUUAAUGAUUGAUAACUUUGCCCUGGAAUAUUUGUUUUUUUACACAGAAAGCCCAACUAAUAUGGUGCUGGGUGACGACAUUGGUGCAAAUGCUGACCAUGGUCUGGCCAAGCUAGGAUCAUCCAUGGGUUCUCCGUCAGGACCACGCUCAGGUAUAACACAGCAUAUUUACCUUACUUUGAGUUUUAUAGCUGUGGAGCUCUGUGAUAUAUUCAUACACUGCACAUUACUGUGAGUUUUAUUGCUGUGGAGCUCUGUGAUACACUCAUACACUCUGCACAUUACUGUGAGUUUUAUUUUGUAGGGCUCUGUGAUUCUCAUACACACUGCACAUUACUGUGAGUUUUAUUACAAUGGUGCUCUGAUACAUUAUACACCUGUCCACCCCCAUCAGAAGUCCAGAUUUUGGCAGGACAGUCUCACCUCCCUGAUUUAAUUCCCUGAUGUACUGCACCUAGGCACCGUCACUUCCACAGAUUUUUUUAUAUUAUAUUUACUUAGCCCUAUGUUUAACAAAUCUGUAUUUGCUAAGUCUGAAAAGUAAUGAUAAAAGGACAUGCAUCACGUGACCAUUAUUUUCAAACCAGGAAGCAAAAACCUUUUAAAUUCAUAUACAAACCAAAAGAAGGAAGAAAAGGUUUGAAAAGUAAGUAUCAAAUGUUCAUAAACGUACUGUAAACUUGGUCAGGUUGCAUUGCUGGGCACGCCUCUCAGCUAGGGGGGUUUCUUCAGCCUCCCUCUCCUUACCCGCCCAGUUAAGAUUAAGACCAGUCACACCUGACACCAGAACCUGCUCUGCAUGAUCACAUUGAUCAGACUCCCUCUCUUCUCCACCAGUCAGGAUGUUGCAAGGUAAAGAGAUCUUCCAACUGCACAUUUGUAAAUCUGUCAAUGUACUUUUCCAUCAUUCCUAUUGAUAGGACACUGAUUGGCUAGAUCAGUGUCCCCCCUGGAGUGGGCAUGAAAAAAGAAAAGAAAAAAGAAAAGGGAAGGUGGUAAAUAUGAAAAAAGAAACAUGUAUGUGUAGCGGAGAGGUAGUAUAAUCCACGGUAUCUCCGCUGGGUAACAGGAACAGCAUAAAAUAAUCCAGGCAAAUAAACACAGCAUACAAUAAUCCCGGUAGCGUUGUAUGAAUCCUUCCUUCCCAAGAACUAGACGACACAUAGGCUGGGAGUCAACUGAGCUUUUAAUCACAGGUCACUGUAUUUAUGGGAUUCCCCAUGCAAGGGGUUUACCUACUGACAUUCGAGGGGUUGUAAAGUAGGGGACUAAAUGGGAAAUUUAACAACCCGGACAUUUCUCCCACCAUGUACUGCUGUACGCGAGGGAUACUCCCACUAGAAUAUCCAGUUAAGUGGAUUAUCCCUCCGUGCAGCAGAACUGACAUUUUACAUAAAAAUACAUAACUUCCCUAUUAUUCACGUUAUUUUACCGAAUGACCGUUCGGCAGAUAGCUGGGGUCUGAGCAUACCAUUCGUGAAAGUACCACUCAGAUCCCAGCAUAAAUAACCGAACGCCGCAUGAAAAUACAUAUUACUUUAUAUUCAUCUUAAAAUACCGACUACAUAUAGGGAAACAAACUACCGAAGGACCGGUGCUCCCGAACGGCCUGGAAGUCCAGUGGUAUUCGUGCCGUCGAGUAGACGAUUUUAGUUCCAGGCGCUCGAUGACCAAAUACCGCUGGGCUAACAAAGGAACCAAGAUGGUCGACCGCCGCGUGGUCGGUAGCCGAACGGCGGCCACCCUGAAAUCCAAUAUUCACUGAAGGAAACAUUGUUGCAAUCUUUAAUGGGAGACACACGACCUCCUGUGUGUGGUCUCCCAUUCGGUAGUUAGUUCGUUUCACGAACAGUGUUGAAAUACACUGUUCGUGAAACUAUUGUAUGAAUGCUGGUGGCUUUCUCGCCGCCAGCAUACAAAUGUUCUCGUUCGCACAAUAUACAUAUACAUUUAUCAACUUGGUUCUAACAGUCUUUAAAGGGAUAGUAUCCCACACAUGAAAAUACAUGCUGAAGUGGCUGGUUUUGCCACAGUAUGUAAAAACGAUACAGAAACUAAAGCUUUUGAUUGAUGCAGUUGUCUCAAAAUUAUGCAUGUCCUUUUAAAUGUAGAAAUCCAUGCCUCUUUAUCCUGUAACUGGGUGCAGGGAAUGCAACUAGAAACUGCUGCAAGAUGUAUAUAAAUCUCUUCCCACAGGCUCAAUAGAAAAUAACCAGAACUUAUUACAAAGAAACAGUCAACAAUUGACUGUACAGGUCUCUAAAUCCUGAUUUUUUUUCUACUGAUACAUAAACAACAAAUUCAAGCUGUGAUAUAUACUAUAUUACACCAUGCCCAGCUACAAUAUUGGCAUACAUGAAAACAAUGACAAUUCAGUGGUCCCUUCAACCGGGAUACCCAGGAAUUCCUGUCACUCUAGGCAGAGUUCUGAUUAGAACAGGCAGGAUUUAGAAGGGGAGGCAGAUGGAACUGGCUGUCCUACAAAAACUCCAAAAGAGUUUUGACGUGUUUAAUCCAAACUAGGCAAGACAGGAUGGUUCACAACAUUUUUCUAGUGACAAUAGAGCUUGAAUACAUAAACUGCCAACUGUCAGUGUCAUUGUAGCUAUAAACUCUGUCCUUUGCAUGUGACAGUCGGCAUCGAGAGGGCGUACAGAAAAGAGGAGAAACAGAAGCAAUGCUUCUAUUUCAACUUCUCCAAUGCAAUGUCAUGACUGUGCCAGGAGUCAACUGGAUUGUGGUGCCAACUGCUAAAUCUUUAAUAUACACAGAGCAUCUUUAUAUAAAAGGUGAACACAAGUUGGAACUUGUUUUUUAAUGCUUUAUUCAAUGGUGGAACCUUCAGCAAAGUGGCAGUUCCUCUAAAGUGAAAAGGUUAUAGAUCAUCAAAUUCAAGCUCAUUUUCCAUGCCAUCUUUAUUUCCCCAGGAGAAAGCCCUGAAUUUACUGCCCUCAUGUCACGGCUAAAGAUGGGAGAAUGCAGACAGACAAAGCUCACUCUACAGUAUGUUUUGAAUAUCGGGCAGGAAUCCAUGAAUGACAUUGAACUACGGACUGUAGAGAACAUUCCCUGGUAUUUUCUGCAGAAUGUAAUGGCUCUCAAUGUGAACGCAAGAAACACAACACUUAAAGAACCCGCACAAAGUGAAAAGACUAAGGAUAGUCUGAGCAGGUUUCAGUGUUAUGACGAUGAUGAAGAAACAGACUCGUCUAAUUCUGUCCACCCCCUGGAUGUUCUGUGUGUUCUCCUGAAUUGUUCAGACCAUUUCUUACAACAGGAAAUUGUAACCAAGAUGUCCAUGUGCCAGUUUGCUGUCCCUCUGCUGCUCCCUGCUGGGGAUGGCUUUAACUGCACCUUCAUGCUAUGGGCAAUGAGAGACAUUGUGAAGAGAUGGAGACCUCACUCAUUAGCAGACAGUAAAGGGUUUAUGGAGGAUAACGUGGUGAACAUUCCCAUGCCGAUCUUCUCUUUUGUGCGGCUGGGUACAUGUACCUUAUCCAAAUCUAAAUUCCUGAAUCAUUUGCUAAGCCCGGCUCAUGCACAUUACAGUAUUUUUGUGAAUCAGGACAUGGAUUGUGGGAAUUACCCUGGAAAGGUCUCUGACGGGUUAGUAGAAAUAUCUUGGUUCUUCCCUGGUGGUACAGGGAACUCUGAAACUUUCCCAGAACCCUUUGCUGUCACCAAUUUACACGGAGACUUGGAAUCUAACUUGGCACAAUUCACCUUUCUAACACAGAUAUCUGCCACUGUCUUUAUAUUUAUUGAGAGUUUUACUGAAGAGCAUUACAUACUGUUUACCAAGCUCCGAGACACAGACACAAAUUAUUAUUUUAUUCUUAGUCCAAAUAAUGACAAACAGAAAAUGCAGAUUUCAGGAGAAAAUCUGAAAAAAUUGUCCUCAACACUAAAGGUUUUCAUAAUUAAACCCAGCAAUAGAAAUCCAUUUAAAUCUGUAAGUGAUAUUCAAGAAAUUAUCUCAGACAGUAUGAAGGACAAGGGCAGUCGGCAAAGCCUAGACAGUAUGGCAAUAGUCGCCAAUAGGUAUGGAAUAAAAGUAGAUGAGGAUUCUGUGGAAUGUCAGAAUGCCAGGAAGCAUGCCUUGUUAAUCAUUAGUGAAAUAAAGAAUGUAGCUCAAUACAAGAGAGAAAAUAUGCAAUUGCAGGGAGAUCUGUGGAAGGAGAUAUCUGGCUUGGAAAAAGAGAUGUGUAGAAUGAAGAAUCAAGGAAGAUGUAACACUACUAUUUACAGAAAUCAACUCGUGAAAAAAUGUUUUGACUUAACAAAGACCCAAUAUCAACAUCAGAUGCCUGAGGGCAUCAAGAACUUUCUUACCGCUAUCACUCAUUUAACAGAGACAGGAAAAUGUUAUUUCAUGAAAUGGCUGAAGUUUUAUCUGGACUCUAUAGCUAGAAGGCAUGGUUUAAAGUUACAGGCUGAGUACAGGAGAAAAAGCAUUGCAGAGUCAACAAAAGAAAAUGAACUGAAGCGACUUUCCCACGAUAUAUCAUAUAGUUCAUUGGGGAUUGAGCACUUCAUUCGUGAGAUGGGGCAGUUCUAUGAAGUUGAAUGUUCUAUGAUUAAACAGGAACAAAUCAGUCCAAAGCAGAAACAAUUCAGUCAUCUCCCAGGAAUAGCAGCUGAUCUCCUGCUGGGUGGGUUCCCAUUGGAGAUGAUUGAUGGAGAUGUUUCUAAUAUCCCUCUGCAGUGGAUAGAAAGCAUCCUUAAUGAGCUGGAAACUAAAACAAAAGGACAAUGCAGAAUGAGAGUGAUCACUGUGCUGGGAGUUCAGAGUACGGGGAAAUCCACCCUACUGAACACCAUGUUUGGUUUGCAGUUCCCAGUGUCUAGUGGACGAUGUACACGAGGGGCUUUCAUGACCCUUAUUAAAGUGAAAAAGGAAGUCCAGCAGGAGCUGGGCUGUGACUUUAUUCUGGUGAUUGAUACUGAAGGUCUGAAAGCUCCAGAAUUGUCUUCUCUUGAGGACAGUUAUGAACAUGACAAUGAGCUGGCAACGUUCGUUGUCGGACUGAGUGAUAUCACCAUAAUUAAUAUGGCCAUGGAGAACUCAGCAGAAAUGAAAGACACCUUGCAGAUUGUGGUUCAUGCUUUCCUUAGGAUGAGUGAAGUUGGAAAGAAACCCAAUUUCCACCUUGUACAUCAGAAUGUAAGCGAUGUGACAGUACACACAAAAAAUGAGGUAGGUAGAGAAAAUCUUUUGAAUUAA